UACAUAUGUGUUGCUGUCAUAGAUUUUAUAAAUGCAUUUAUAAUGAUCAUUUUGAUAUAAACUCAACAAAAACAACUGCUCAGGAAGCUGUAGUUGUAUUUUCUGCAGUUUUUCUACUGUUUGAAUACUACUAGUACUUGAAUUCGUAAUUUGUAAUCAUAUUCUAGAUUAAGAGCAACACAACUAAAACAAAUUGAUUUCAUAAAAAUCAAUUCAGAAGCAGAACUGUAAUCCAAUCGAAAUUCACUUAGAAAACAUCAACAUGGAAGAUCACAGGGGUGUGGAGGACACACCGGCUUCACAGAGGCUUACAAAUGAUGACUUUAGGAAAUUACUGAUGACUCCAAGAUCUACUCCUUCAGGAGGGACACACGCUCCUGGCUCCAUUCGAGAGGCUAUGGCGAAUGCAGGAUCUAUGCCACCACCAUCAGAGAACAAAGGAGAGUUACGUCGUAAGAAAAAGUCAUACUAUGCUGCUCUUAAGAAACAAGAAGACAACAAGCUAGCAGAGCUUGCAGAGAAAUACAGAGACAGAGCUAGAGAGAGGAGAGAUGGUGUGAAUGAUUUAAGUGUUAUUGAUCCAACAAGCAACACAAGCAGUGCCUAUAGAGCUGUUGCUCCAGAUUUGAAAUCAGGUCUAGAUGCCAAAGAAAGGAGGAGACAACUUAUCCAGGAAUCCAAAUAUCUUGGUGGUGACAUGGAGCACACUCACUUGGUAAAAGGUCUCGAUUAUGCUUUGUUGCAGAAGGUUCGUUCAGAAAUACAAACUCGGGAGCAAGAAGAAGAAGCCGAAAUGGAAAGAUUGGUCACUAUUCCCGUGGAACCUGUAAAAGAAAAGAAAGAAGAAAAGAAGGAAGUUGAAGAAGAGAUGCAGUUCAAGACUCAAAUGGGAAAAAAUAUUUUUGACAUGAUUCUAGAACAAAAGAACAAGAAAGUUGUCCGCAGCGAAAUGUUUGCUCCCGGUCGUAUGGCGUACGUGGUCGAGCUCGACGAAGAAGGCACAAUCGAUUCCGAUAUACCCACAACGUUGACUCGGAGUAAAGCGGACGUUCCCGAAAUGGACGAAAGGAGUUCGGCUUCGAGUGCAAAUGAUCUUGUCGUCGAGAAACUGACGCAGAUCUUCUCAUAUUUGAGGCACGGAAGACAUAAGAAGCUGAAGAAGACUAAGGACAAGACUACGGAGAAGGGUCGUAACGACGACUCUAUAUACGGCGAGAUUGGUGACUACAUGCCGGGAGAGCGCCGCUCCGACAGGAGGGAGGAGAGGCCGCGAACCGGAUACUUUGAUAAGCCUGUUGAAACCGAGAAGGAAGAGGGCCCGAUCCCUCGUCGUCAAGCAACAGGGAAUAACGAAGAGCGCGACAAACGUUCCGCGGCGCUGCUGUCCAAGCUGGCGGCAGAGCCCGAGGGCUACGCCGAGUGCUACCCCGGCCUCAGGGAGAUGGACGACGCCAUAGACGACUCCGACGAUGAAGUCGACUACACCAAGAUGGACGCCGGGAAUAAGAAGGGACCGAUCGGUCGCUGGGAUUUCGACACGCAAGAGGAAUACUCCGCCUACAUGAGCAGCAAAGAGGCGUUACCUAAGGCGGCCUUCCAAUAUGGCGUCAAAACGCAAGACGGACGGAAAACAAGGAAAACGAAGGACAAAAGCGAAAAGGCAGAGCUCGACAGAGAAUGGCAACAGAUUCAAAACAUCAUACAGAAACGAAAAGCGCCUCUGCAUUCUGACGAGCCAGGAGUUAAAGCCUCAAAAUAUUAACACCUUAAGAAGGAAUUUUAUGUGGUUCAUUAUCAUAAUACGGGCGUCUACAAGAAUGUAGGACUAUAAUAGUAUAAUGAAUAAAUAAUGAGGACUUUAAUAAAAGCUAUAACAUAAAUAUACGUGUGAAUGUGUGUGUUGUAAUGUAAAUAAUGUUACGAAAU